AUGGCGACCGCCCUCCAGCAGCAGUUGGCCGUCAUUGCCGCCAACAGCACCCACCAGCUCGACUUGAAGGCGCAAAAGGCCCGUCAUAGCAAGUCGUUGCUCUUCGAAGCCAGAGACGCCUCUACGCAGAACUUCGAUACCAUUUACCAGAUCUGCUUGGAAGGCUUUGAGGAGCUAUGCCAACUGGACGCACGAUUCGUUCCCUUCUCCCGAAAUCUCUUCAGCGAGCAGAGCAAGAAUGAAGACCGGACGCAAAUGACGGCAAAAGAGGUGGAGGAGCUGGACAGUGUGAUAGACAGAUUCUUGGGAUUGCUAGGAGGACGGCUAUUACUGAAGCCUGCUAUGAAGGCUGCUGAGUGGUUGGUCCGACGCUUCAGAGUACACGAAUACAACACCGAGACGGUCCUGUUGACAUUUCUGCCAUACCAUGGAUCGCACAUCUUUCCCACGCUUCUUUCGAUUCUACCGGACCAGCUACCGUCCAACUUCCGAUUCCUACAUCCGUAUGUCACAUCGCUGCAGAGUCCCCCACGACAUGCGAUCGUCGCAGCAACGAGCAACAACUCGGCCUUCUUCACAUCAUUCAGCCACUACGUUUUGAACGUAGCAAAGGCGAGACAUCAGUCUGCCUUGUUGCUCGGUUUCUGGGCCAGCGUGACAGCACAGGCAGUCAACGGCAUGAUCGAUUCAACAAGAUCUGGACGAGAAACAAUUCGAAAGCAGAAAGAGGAGGAUCUCUUGCUCAAAGUCUUGCCCAUCCUGCAAACCGCACUGAGCAUCAAAGAUGUACCGGAGCUAUACCUUGGAUCUUGCAUGGUCAUGACGAUCUUGGCAGCGAAAUCGUCUCUCAGCGAGAAAGCUCUCAACGCCAUGAUGGAGGCAGUUGCUGGUGGAUGGACAGAUCAGACUCUCGAAGACGGAAUGGUCACAUUGGCUGUGUUGGCAGAAGAGAAGCAAGACUUGACUCUGCCAAAUUCAGUCGUUCGAGCCGUCACGAAGCAAGCAGACGUGCUCAAAUAUGUGAACCGGAUUGCGUCGAAAUGCCGAGCGGACCAUCUGAUUACCGGGAUUGCCAUCGGCGCCGUGCAUUUAAUUGCCUCGAAGGAGAACGUCCAGGCAAGUGGGAUCCUAGCUGGUGCCCUUCGACUCCCUUACAUUUCUGGCGAGUCCAAGCUCGAAGUUCUUGUCAUCGCCAUGGAAGCCGUUGCAGAUUCUGGAGCAAAUGAUGCUCAACGGAAGCAGCUUCUUAGCCCCAUUCACUCUUUCGCCGAGCAAGACAGCAGUGGACAUCUUAUCACCCUGGCAGCUCAAAAGGCCGAGACCAGUCUUGGAAGACUGGAUGCCGAUCUGGCCUUGCAAAUUCACGACAAGACAGUCGACGAUGGCAAUGAAAACGACCCGGAAACGAUGCAGAUAGACGAGAAGCCGGCCAGCGAGACCCACAAUCCGAGCCUUGAUGUCGAAAAAUUGGCCAAGCUGCCGAGCAAGCCGAUAUCGUUUUUGGACGCGAAACACGAUAAGCUGUUUGAGGAGUACUCUGAAGCAUUUGUAAAGGCUGUGUCUCCCAAGGACGACUUGGGGCGGCUGUUGAAGGUGCUGUCGCCGGACAAAAGCAGUUUCGCACAGCACUCAACGAUGGGUACAUUCUUAGCGCGUCUCUGGACCAGCAGCUUUCCCUUCUCUGCCAGGGCCAAGGCUUUGCAGAUUACAGCUCAAAGGCUGCAGAGAUCCAAGCAAGAGCCUUCAUCAGCCGACAUGCAAGCACUUUUGCCGUAUUUGGUCGCUGCUCUUGCAGACCCUGCAAAGCCGGUCAGGUUGGCGGCCUCUUCCGCUUGUCUUGCUUUGAAGGCACUUUACGAGAAUUCCGCGGCUGCAAAGUCCUCACAGCCCAAUGUGUGGUGUCAGCACAGUCUUUAUGGCCAGAGAAGCUCGCAAAUCCACUGGAUCCCUACAUUGGACGCCCAAAGACUCUUCUCCGAAGCCGUUGCAACGAUCCUGGAAGAGUGUGUUGUGGACAGCAACUACCUUGUACAAUCUCUCGCGGACUCCAUCAAUGGAGCUAAAUCAGACGGCAAGGAGCUAAAGUCAACCCUUCGAGCGAGCGCCUACGCAUUCCUUGCCUCGCAUACCGUUUUGUCGCCAGCAGAAGGGGUGAAAAUUCGUUUGCUGUCGAUAUUGAGCAAAGUCGGCAAGAUUGCUGGUACAGCAAGAACGCAAAUCUUGUUGCCUUACGUUCGAACCCAUUUUGCUUCCUCACGGGCCGAGUCGCAGAACGAUGCUCUCAGCAGGGCACUGAUGCAAAAUGUGACGCAUCGAAGCGCAGAGGAGAUCGAGUUCCUCAGAGAGCUUGCGUGCGGUCGACUUGCCUCUGGAUCUGGUCCACAUUCCCUGGCCUUCGACGGAAUUCGGCAGCUGUGGGCGGCUAUGAAGGACGCCGCACGCAUGGAGCUGCUCAAUUGGCUUUUGGAUCUUGGACUCAAUCAAGAGGUCACCGAUGACAUUCAGUCUGAAGCAGUCGAGACCCUCCGUAGCCUAUCGAUUCCAAGUGACGUUCUUGUGCAGUUGGCCGAGAGCUUGCCUAGCGUCUCUGACUUGCAAGGCCAUCAUACUCCCGCCAAGAAGCAACGGACAAGCAGAACAUCUGAGACACCCAAGCCGGGCAGUCUCGACAGACAAAAGCUUGACAUCGCCAUUCGGAGAUGGACAUUGGUAUUGGAGCUAGUUGAAGAGUUGAAACCGGAAAAUCAUCCCCAGCUUCUCAAGGGCCUGUUCCACCUCUUGAGCGAACUACAUCACUACAAGACCUUGCUCGACUCUGAACUUGUGUAUCUACAAGGUCUGAUAGUCAACAGCUUGCUGUCGGUAGUCAACGGCCUGAAGACAACGGCCAACAAAGAGGUCGAUAGGUCUGUGGUUCGCCCGGACCUUAUUGUUGAUUGCGUGCGCACGACAUCGAGCACACAAGUUCACCAUGCAGCCUUGCUGCUGAUGUCUUCCCUGGCUUCCUGGGCUCCAGACUUAGUCCUGCACAGCGUCAUGCCACUUUUCACGUUCAUGAGCUCCACAAUCCUCAAGCAGAGCGAUGAUUACAGCGCUCACGUCACAGACCAAACAGUCGCACGAAUCAUUCCGCCCUUGGCUGCCUCACUCAAGAAACGUGGCCGAGACCUGAUCAGCGGAGCUGCUGAGCUUCUCCUCAGCUUCACUGCUGCGUUUGAGCACAUUCCGCUCCAUCGACGACCGGGAUUGUUCCGCCAUCUGGUCACGACCCUAGGCGCAGAGGAGUCACUAUUCGCCAUAGCCGCCAUGCUCAUCGAGCGUUAUCCAGCGGAGACCAACCUACGGCAGUUCGUUGCCGAAUUGAUGGACCACUUCCAUGUCAAGGUGCAGCUUUCGUCAGUCAGACAAUACCUUGAUCUCGUUUUCGACACUCUUAAAGUGAAGAGAGGUCUGUCCGACGUGAUUCUUGGGUUUGGUGAGAAGAAUGCAGACCAAGCCAAGGAAGCUACUUCAGUGUUACUCGACGGACUGGCGGAUGUACUUGGUCAGAAUACCCUCCGCAAAAGAUUGGCCAAGGAGUUGAAGGGCAGCAGCGAGCAGGCCGAUGAGCUGCGAGUCUCGUACUCUGUCAUCCUGGAAAAGACCAUGCAGCUUGGUCUCCAAAUCAAACCCGACGACGACCGUCACGACGCCGCCAGCAAUGUUCUUACAUCAGUCCUCAGCUUGAUGCCAACCAAAGACUUCAUCGAAUCUAGCGCAAUGCUGAUGCAGACCGGAUCGGACGAGAUUCGACAACAAGUCUUUUACUCGUUGGAGACACGGGUGAGCUCAGCCAAGCGAGCCGACGCAGAGAUGCAGCGAGUGUUCAUGGAUGUGUUACCAAACUGCAGCCUGUUCAUUGUUGAGAGUCAGCCGGUGGAGACCAGGCUCGCUGCAAUCGCCUGCGUCGACCGCAUCUCAGAGAAGUUUGGCAAGACCAAUCGCGCCGAGGUUAACAACGCUGCUCAGCCGGUCAUGGGCGACUCUGCCUUUGGAUCGACUGAUUACAGGCUGAGGCGUAUGUCUCUGCUGUGCCUCGCAAGCAUGGUCGAAGUCCUUGGAGACGAAUUUAUCGCACUUCUUCCUACGGCUCUGGGGAAUGCGUUGCGAUACAUGCAAGAAAGUGUGUCUGUUGACGAGGACGAGCGCACUGAGGAAGGCCAGGCCUUACUCUCUGCUGGUUUCAGCUUAGCUAUGGCCAUCCUCGACUACAUUCCGUGGAUGCUAUCGGGGUCUUACCUCGACCGUCUGCUGAAGAUCGCUGCAGAAGCUGACAGCAAUGGGGCAGCAGAACUCAAGAAUCUGGCCGCACGUAAGGUUUCUGCCCAAGACUGUUUCGCAGCUAUUGAGCGAAUCUGGGAAGAUGUUGCCGGUCUUGGCGAUUCAGCUGCCCAGUACACUGUCGCACUGUUCCAUGCUGCCAUCAAACAUCACACCAAAGCCACAAUUACCAAGAAUGUCAAGCCGAUAUUCGCCAUCUUGCUGAACGCUUUCGACCUGCGCCGCAACCUGACCUUGGAGGAUGACGAAGAUGCGGAGGUUGACCCUGCCAUCUUUGACGAGGUCGACAGUGCAGCUAUGGACGUGGUACUCAAGCUGAAUGACGCCGCCUUCCGGCCAUUCUUCGUCCGGUUCACGGAGUGGGCUACCAAAGGACUGUCGAAGAAAGACAAGUCGGGAACUGUUCAGAGGUGCAUCAGUCUUUAUAGCUUCAGCUUGACGCUCUUCGAUCAGCUCAAGUCGCUGGUGACGAGCUACGCCGGAUACCUGCUCGAGAACGCCGCCACUCUGCUCAAGACUCUAUCAGCCAACGACGAGUUCCAGGCACAACUACUUGAGACCGUCAUUAAAGCCCUCGCUAGCAACUUCUCCCACGAUCAGGACGGCUUCUGGCAAUCACCCACCCACUUCGACGCGAUCGCCGCCCCACUCCUCAGCGCUCUGCAAUGCGAAGACGAAACCAUCGUCAACGACCACGCCAUCCCCGCCAUCGCAGAGUUCGCGGGCGCCGCCAACUCCCCCGAACACCACAAGACACUCAACGGCAUCUUCAUGUCGUACAUGCGGCACGGGGACGCGGGGAUCCGCUUGGCAGCCGUCAAGUGCCAGCGGGCGGUUCUUGACAAGUUGAAUGUGGACUGGAUCGGUCUGUUGCCGGAGUGGCUGCCGGCGAUUUCGGAACUGCAGGAGGAUGACGAUGGGGUUGUUGAGAGGGAGACGUUGAGGUGGAUUCAGCAGAUUGAGGAUGUUACUGGGGAGAGCUUGUAUAAUAUGCUACAGUAG